UGCCGAGAUGAAUAAUUACGCGCUCUGGUCGUUCAUUUUUAAGCCAAUGAUAAUCAAAAAUAGUCAAAUCGGCCAUUUUCCGCCCCACAAAUGCCAAUAACCCAGUAAUAACCCCUUGGCCGGUCAUAAAAUAAAUAUUCCCCUCGCCAGUUUUUCAUCCAACUGACAUCAAAACAAAUAUAACAGUAUCAGACAGUUUGCAUGGCAGUGCAGGAGGUAGAAAAUUGGGUGGCGUUGUAAUGACAGAAACUGGGCAAAAAGGCACUUAAAAUGGAUCAACAGUUCUGCCUGCGUUGGAACAACCACCCCACGAACCUCACCGACGUGCUGAGCAGCCUCCUGCGGCGGGAGGCCCUCUGCGAUGUGACGCUGGCCUGCGACGGGGAGACCUUCAAGGCGCACCAGACCAUCCUGUCGGCGUGCAGCCCCUAUUUCGAGACGAUAUUCAUCCAGAAUGCUCACCCCCAUCCGAUCGUUUUCCUCAAAGAUGUCAAUUACAACGAAAUGAAAGCGCUGCUGGAUUUCAUGUAUAAAGGUGAAGUGAACGUCUCACAGAACCUCCUACCGAUGUUCCUAAAAACGGCCGAGGCCUUGCAGAUUAGGGGCUUGACCGAUAAUAAUUCGUUAAGUAGUAAAAACGACGACGUAGCUGAAGUGCCAAGAAGGGAGAAGGAACGGAUCGAGAGGGACUCGCCGCCGAUUGAGAAACGAAAACGGAAAUCGUCUUCAAACUGUGAUAAUAUGACGUCAAACUCAAUUUCAGAACGAUAUAAUGACUCUCAGGCAUCAUCUCAAAGCAACUAUAAAGCAAGUCCGACGCUGCCAAAGUUAAACCCUAUUUCGCCGGCCGAUAGAGAAAAUAUGAGCGCUGAAGACAUGAGGAUGUCUUCGCCGCAUAUUAAACAAGAACCGGGGCACGACUCAAGCCCACACGUCGAUUCGUUUCAUACAAUGUCUGAAGCUUUACAAACAGGCGGAAGUGUAAGUGUACACCCGGAAGAUAUUAAAUUAUUGGGCCCCCAUUCGUUAUCAGAUCAAACCGAAUCAGAUGGUACUCCACCCAUACCACCACCGGAAGCAACAGACACUAUAGAUGGUUCAAAAACCUGGCACAUGCGGCUAACGUUUGACAAGCUGCCAGGUGGCUGCAACCUGCACCGGUGCAAAUUGUGUGGGAAAAUAGUGACGCACAUACGCAACCACUAUCAUGUGCACUUCCCGGGCAGGUUCGAGUGUCCCCUGUGUCGAGCCACGUAUACACGCAGCGACAAUCUGCGCACUCAUUGCAAAUUCAAACAUCCGCGCUACAAUCCCGACACCAGGAAGUUCGAAGCACCCACGAUUACCAAUGACACGACGGCCGAUUGAUUUUGGCUCUACUAUUAUCUGUUGUACUACAGGGCCUUGGCCUCAUCCUAGCCACCAACGUUCUAUUCUAGCUAAUUCAAGUACCUUAUUAAAACAAAUGCAUUGAGAAAAAAACGGGCAGUCACCGAAUUGCCCCCUAUCUACAAUACUAAAGACUUAAAUUAUUGCACAGGAUAAUUUCCUUGGACCAUGUAUUUCUAGUGUUUCAUUUCUUAUUAAUUCGAGCUACGACUGAAAUCUCGGCAAGGUAUUAUUAAAUGCAAUGUAGGAGAGAAAUAACGGUACUAUAUUCAAACUAUUCAUGCUAAAAUCCAUUUCAAAAUGCCCACCCUCGAUCAAAGCGCUUGAUCACCUCCAAAGUUAAAUGUUUCGUUGAACUUGUCAGUGUUGCCAACGUUUCUGUCGGACAAUUUGAAAUGAUUUUAGUCUAGUAUAUAGAUAGUCUUUUUAACAUUUUUGUACCAUUUUCGUGCAAGCAUAUUUUAAAACCUGUCACCGUUUGAACCUUUACUUUCGACCAGUAACUUCUAGUCUCGUAGGUCACAAAAACAAUCCGUACUUCCGGCAAUUUAAAAUGUGUUUGCAUCUAAAUGAUGUCAUCCUGCAAAAUAUUACGACCUAAGAUUGUAAAGAUAUCUGUGAUGUUAUAUAUGAUGUAAUAUACAGGGUUCCAAGCAAGGCUGACCUACUGUACUUAGGAAUCAAAAUUGCCCACUUAUACUCACAAUUGUUACGGUAGCUUAGUUUUGUAUGGAACAUGGAUUGAAAAAAUUUUAGAAACUUUGUGCAAUCGUUUUAAAAUUUUCUAUUUAUAGUGGCAUUAAGUACCCGGCGAUCCCCUGUAUAUGUAUAACUUAAUUUAAAAAUGAUAAAACGAAUAAAAAAAGAGACUCACGAUAUUAUAAUAGCUUAUGCCCGUCCGUUUAAAAUGGGUUUGCAUUUUAGGAUUUUCAAUGUAGAGCGAUUACAAGUCAAAUCUUUUUUGUAUUAAAACUUUAUUUAUCUUAUUUAAAUAUUGCCAAACUAACUAGUUGUAUAAUUUAAGUGCAAUUUUAUUAAAUAACUUUGAUAUUACCUCAUAUUCUCAACUUUUACAUUUAAUGUAGAGAAUCUCUUUUUUAAAUUUUGUACCUAUUGUAAGGUAUUGGCGGCCUUUGAAUAGUUAAUUAUGUAAGUAAAAUAUUAACUAAUUUUAGGAUUAUUUGUUUGUGGAACAAAUUAUUUAAUGAUCUGUAGACGAAAAACUCAAAAACUUCUGUCCGUAAUUUUUACAGGAAUGGAUCAUUUCUAUUGAAUUUCGUGAUAUGGUACCUUAGUUAUAAUAAGUUGGUUCAAUUUGGUGUUACAGGUGUGGUGUUUAAUAAGGGUAUUUGUUUUUUUUUAAGAAGAUUUGCUUAUAAUAUAUUCACAAAUGUUUAUUUUAUGAUAUAAACCUAGUGCAUUAACUUAGGUAAGAGCAUGUUUUUUUAAUUCUUUAAAAAAGCGGAACAUUUGUUGUUAGUUUUUAUAAUAAUAUACUAUAUACUAAAGAUUUCUAUGAUAUAUUGGCAUUAAGAUAAAAAAGUUGGGUGAGCAACUAGAAUGAUUGUGAUAAUAUAGGUUUGGUGCUAACAACCUUGUACUAUUUGAAAUAAAAUAUGAAAUGUGCAAUAUUUAGUUGUAACUGUUUUGUUGUUGUACUAUCCUUGAAUUUAGAAAAAAAGAGAAUCAUGUACAGUUUGUAAAAGGCGUUAUUGUAUAUUGUGGUUUCAUAAAAAUAAUUUUGUUAUUGUUGAUUUUAGAAUUACAAUUCUUGCAACGAGUUAUUUUUAUAAUUAAUUGUAAAAAAUCGAGUUAAUAAGGUUGCGGUUUCGGAGAAAAAUCAUUUUAUAAAUAUAUAUUGUACGGCCCUAAUCGGCUCUAAAAGAACAAUUCGCAUUUUCUUUACAAAAAUUGUCUAAUAUGCUCAAUGAUCAAAUAUCUUGCUUAAUAUCAUUUUCGCCACCGUUGAGUGUUACUUAAAAUUCAUUAGUGUUUAAGUGAUGUAAAACAUUAUUUAAGAUUGAUAUGCAUUCAUUAAGGCAUUUAUUAUUGUAUUUUAUUAAUUUUUAUUAAAAAUGGUGUGUUUUAAAA